UUAAAUUGCGAGACGCGCGUCCAUAAACAUGAAAUUCAAACUCUGCCAGGACGCGAUGAACGUUACCGGCGUACGAAUACGGAUAUACGACGAGGAAAGAUGUAUCCACGAGCACGAUACCAUCUGGUCAGAUGGGAAGAGUGACCUUGGGACAUUGAUGCAGAAUCUACGGGACGUACAGUUGGAGGUCAAUGAUUUUUUAACCACACUGAUUCAACAGCAAGAUGUAUCCAUCAAUGAAACAGUGACUCGCUCGAUCGCCUUGGACACCGAAUCGGAUUCCGUCGAAGAGACAGAGGAAGAAGACGAGGAGGGCGAGACACAAACUAAUUCCAAGAAAUGCAAGCUGUCAACCUGAGUCUACAUUUCGUUCAUUAAUAGAAUAGAAUAGAUGAUUUAUUGGUCUUUUUGGUGCUACAUUUUAUUUAUACUUUGCUGCAACUUAACCUAAAUGUAACUUAAUCAUGUCUUUAGUUUGGACCAAUGACUUAUGUUAAUUUUAAACUCGGCUCUUUAGACUUAAAUUACGUGGACUUUAUAUCUUUUUAUCAUUCUUACAACUGGAAAAAUAUGGAGAAUAAGUUUAAUCGAAUGUAAAAGUUAAAUCUACUUUGGUGCAAAUGAGGUUUAACCUAACCUUUCUUCAUCUUUUCACUCGCAUUCUGUCAAUAAAUAUUGCACCGGCGUUUCGACGGGGCGUUUAAGUGUCGUUUCGUAAAUAGGCAUUGUCAUUUCCAUCCACAUUGUGUUUCGAAACACGGGUCGUUUUUACAUCGGAUAUUUGCUGUGGCCACGGUGACAUUGCUAGAACGCGAUAACGCGUUUCCAUUGCGCGAGUUGUUGAGUGACCACCAGAACUACGACGGACGUGGACAGCUCGCGUACAACCUGAAGCCGAGGCCACGAAAGCACGACCUGGUAAUUUGUUGUUGCAUGCGCGUCAGGCGGAUUGUUUUUAUUCUUGAUAUGCCAUCCGUUUAUUAGAACUUAUACCGCAUUCACAUCGAGACUGAUGUCCAUAACCUAGCGAGAUAAAAAUUUGCGCAAUCUUUUUCCGCUAGCUCGUACAGAACAGAUUUCUUGAAAAUAUUUAUAGUAUAGUGGAAUGUUUUAGGACAUUCGUCCUAAGAGUGUUCUUUGUGCUAUAUAUGCAUAAUGUUAUAUGAGAAUCGUAUCCUGGUUCUAUUUUUAAGUCUUCUUGCGGUAGAUGCUACUAGCUAUUAAUCUAAUUCAUUUAACUACAAAAACGUGAUGUAAAUGAAAGAUUGAUAGUUGUUUUUGUCCGUAGAAAAAUUCCUGGAAUGUGUCUCAAGCUUCUGUAAGCAGGAUCAUAACAUUAAUUGUUGAAUAAUCAGUGAAAUGAUUGUCCAGAGAAUAUAUUAAGAUAAUAACUUUAAAAUAAUAAAAUAAUUUAUGUUGCAUUGCCAACAAAUGAAUGAUCACAUAAGUUCUUAAGCAAUUAUUAAUUUGGUAAAUCUUUAUUAAAAAUAAAAGGACAUAACAUCUCAACCAAAUUUUCUGAUUUUUAUCAGAUGUACAAGUUCAUAAAGAUUGCAUAAAUAUCAAUGCUAUUUCACAUAUCUCAGAAUAGUACAAUUGCAUAAUAAGAAUAUGAUAUAAGUAAACAGAUUUAAUUACAAUAAAAAAUUAUCCAUUACAAAAUUAAAAAAUAAAAUAAAGGUAAAAUAUCAAGUAUUACCUCAAAAUUUGUAUUGGAAAGCACACAAUAUUGUUAGUUGAAAGAGAUUGAUCGAUAAAAA